ACAUCAAUAAUUACUUAUUAGUUUAUUCACACAUGCUUUGUCAUUAGUGUAUUGAGUACUAUUCUCAAUACUUUAUUUUAUUUCAUAUCAUCCAUUGCAGCAUGAAUGGCGCAUCGAUACCUUCAUCACUGGAUGCAUGUAAGUCCCAAACCCUCACUUUCACCAUAGUCAAAAUCCCCACUGAUCUCACACCCCCGCAGCCGAUUAUGACCCUAUCGACCAUUUAAACACGAUAUUUUCCCAUCCUUCGACUCUAGGCUCUAUAAAUCAGACAGCUGUUGCAUUGCAAGCUCAUCAAGAUGAGCUCUCAAGUAAUAUCGCCGAUCUCGUGGCCACUCAAGCAUACAAUGACGAUUCCUCACUCAAACGUAUGCAAGCCGCAAAGUCGGAACUGGCAGACCUCUUUAAGAAGAUCGAAUCUGUACGGACACGGGCUAUACAGACGGAGCAAACAAUCACCUCGAUGACCGCAGAUAUUAAGAGGCUGGAUGGCACAAAGAAGAACUUAACUUUGAGCAUGACAGCUCUAAAAAGAUUACAAAUGCUUACGACUGCUUAUGAACAACUAAGAGGUCUGGCAAAAACAAGACAAUAUCGAGAAUGUGCGAGCUUGCUACAGGCUGUGCUGCAGCUUAUGAAGCAUUUCAAUAGUUACAGGAGCAUAGACCAGAUUGCUACCUUGAGUAGGGGCGUCUCGGAGUUACAGAGAGAGUUAUUGGAACAAGUCUGCGAGGAUUUUGAGAUGGCAUUUGCCAAAGGCGAGGUGGGAAAUAAGAAAGCAGUGCUGGCAGAGUCAUGUCUGGUGAUGGAUGCAUUGGGAGAUAAUGCUCGAGCAAGAUUGGUGACCUGGUAUGUCAAUACACAAUUGAGGGAGUAUAGGCAGGUUUUCAGGGGAAAUGACGAAGCAGGGAGCUUGGAUAAUAUCGGCAGAAGGUACAGUUGGUUCAGGAGAAUGCUGAAGACAUUCGAAGAUGAGCACGCCGGAAUAUUUCCUGCUGGAUGGAGAGUUAAUGAGGUCCUGGCAAAUGCAUUUUGCGAAGGUACCAGGGAUGAUUUCAAGGGAAUCUUAGAGAGGAGCAUGCGACGAACAGACGGAAUUAAAAUUGACGUCAAUUUGCUCUUGAGUUGUCUUCAGGAGACUAUGGAUUUCGAGCAAAGUCUUGAGAAGAGAUUCGCGACAGAGACAAGAGCAAGUAUCGAUACUCUUAGCUCUCUCGAAGAUAAACCCCUGACAUUUCAUGGGUCUAUUUCCGAAGCCUUCGAACCAUAUCUCAGUCUUUGGGUUGAGUCACAAGACAAACAACUCGCCACGAUGAUACCCAAAUAUCGUAUCCAACCAAUGUUAGCAGCUGAUGAAGAAUUCUCCCCACAGGCUGUGAUACCGUCAUCUAUUGAGCUCUUUCAUUUUUAUAAGACAUCCCUGGCUCAAUGCGCCAAAUUAUCAACUAGUGAACGGCUCCUAGACUUCUCGAAGAUCCUAGCCAAAUAUCUCGAUCAAUAUGCUCAGCAAGUUCUAUUAUUUUUCUUACAAGGGGCAGGAGGGCCCAGCCUUGAAAAUACUAUCCUUGUUCUCAACACGGCAGACUAUUGGCAUGCUAAUACUCAGCAAUUGGAAGACAAUUUGAAAAGAAGAAUAGACAGUGAUUUGGCAACAAAGGUGGACUUGUCAUCACAGUCUGAUGCGUUUAUGGGCGUUGCAAGCGCAGCAGUUUUAUCAUUGGUGAACCGAGUAGAGGUUGAUUGCGAAGGAUCAUGGCGUGAGAUGAAGAAUACGAAUUGGAGCAAAAUGGAAAGUGUAGGGGAUCAGAGCAGCUAUGUUGCAGAGUUGUUGAAACAUGUCAAUGAUCGAGCAGCGGAAAUAUUACCUUUGGUUGGGAAGCAGCAAUAUGCCCGCGCGUUUUGUGAUAAAGUUGUUGAACAUUUGGCCAAUACGUAUAUCGCAAACAUCGUUCAGUGUCGACCUGUGUCCGAGGUAGGCGCCGAACAGGUAUGUAUAAAUCUUCAAGUACAUGGUAUUCACUUCUAGUUCGUAUUUUCUAACGUCCUCUUCAGAUGUUGCUAGACAAAUAUGUCUUAACUAAAGGAUUGACAACUUUGCUCACUCAUUCCCCUACUCCCUCCUCAGCCACUGCAAAUACUGCAUUUCAAAAACGUGUAAAUAAUAUAAUGACUCGUCUGGACCCGCUUCUCAAAACGCUACAAGUCCGUCCGUCACCGCCAGAAGGGCUGGUUCAAGCAUACCUCAUUCACAUCGGCGACCGUAGUGAUACGAACUUUCGGAAAAUACUAGAAUUGAAGGGUGUUAGAAAGCAAGAUCAAACUGCAUUGGUUGAAAUGUUUGGUAUGCAUAGAGAUGGCAAGGCUAAUGAGCAACUGGUACAAAAUUCACCUCUUCUCACGCCACUCAUGAAUGUUGCGGGACUUGGUAGCACAGGUUUAGGGAUUGGAACACCUAGUGGCAUGCCAGGUUUACAGACACGAUUUGACCCCGGUGGUUUCGGAGAAAAGCUAUUUAGUGCGGCCAGGGAUAGUAUAGGAACUGGAGGGGUUGGUGAUAGAGGGAUCAGUCCUUUGGGCGAGGAUGCAAAGGCUACCGUGGAGGGAAAUUUGAAGAGUAUUGGAAAGUUCUUCAGAAGAGAUAUGACUGGGUUUGGUGGAAUGAAUAUAGGGGGAAGGUUUGGUGCUAAAAGAGACGGUAGUGUAGAUGAUUAUACCAAGUAGUAGAUAGGAAAGUGAUGGAUCGGAUUUAGAAUAUAAUCAGUCAGUCCUAUGAUGAUGUCAAUACAUCGUCACAUGCUGAAAAAUAUGUUCCCCUGGAACUCGGGUCCGGAGAGAGGUACGGAUAAGUCAUGUGAAUUUACGCUCAGGAGGCCAGAGAAUGACCUUGCGAAAUGAAACAGAAGAGAUGGAUAACCUGAGGAGAGAGAGCGCCGCAGAUCUAUUAUACUAUUUUCCGACGAAAUGUGGUAUGGUAAUUGGGACUCAAGCCAUAACUGCACCUUUGUUGAUAUCAAAUGAUUAUGAUGAGGCAGUUGGAUGAUGUUUAGAGGAUAUUACACGAUGAGGGAGUAGACGAGGGAGUACUGUAAUGAUCAAGCUAUUUUGUAUCUACGUAGUUAGUGUUCAAUACAUCGGAAAUUG